CUAACUAACUAACUCAUUUCGCAGCUUGACUCUGUGUUGGCCGCAUCUCACUAAAGUGUGCAGCACGUCAUUGACGUCAGGUUAACAAGCCUUCAAUUUUUAAAACAGUUUGUGAUUUAAAGAAGCGAGGUGAGCAGGUGUAGCUAUCAUAACACUGUAAUUACAGACACCCCGGUUCUUUUACAUCUUGAACCUAGCUAACGGUAGCGUUAGCAAAGCAACUCCAGGGAUGGCGGAGGUUCCCGGGACAUCAAGUGAGACGAUAACGGAGACUGUUCAGACUAGCACACCGCCGCCGCCCCAGCAGACCUUCCACCAUGUUACAGGAGGGACGAAGCCUGACAAUCAAGCUGAGGAAGAGGAAGACUGAGAAGAAGGUGGAGUGGUCCAGUGACACUGUUGACAAUGAGCACCUUGGAAGGAGGUCUUCAAAAUGCUGCUGCGUUUAUGAGAAGCCGCGACAGUUUGGAGAAUCAUCCUCUGAAAGCGAGGGGGACGACGACGAAGAAGGGUGUGGCAGUGCUCACUGCAUCCUGGGCCACGGCAGGAGAGGCCAUGGACAGAGAGGGGCCGGGGGGACCACAGUGCCCCCAAACUCUGGAGGGUCCCACACCCAUUAAUGGGCAUUGCAGGCUGAUUGUGUGGGGGCGGUGGAGCGGGGUUGGGUGGCUUCUCAUCACAACAGUGACACAUCACAAAACUGCACUCCUUUUUUUUUGUUUUUGUUCUUUUUUUCUUUUUAGUUUAGUUCAUCACUGAGGUACAGGCAGGCCUGGUGCUGCGUUCUAGUCAUGGGUCAGAAACAUCCCAGCUGCUGGAGCAGGAUUACAGCCUCUGCACUGCUGCUCUGUAAAACACGGAGCGACACGGAUUAUUAAAUUAGCCCAUCUGAAAAUCCUGCUCCCUUCUCAACAGUUGAAAGCGUGCUCAGUGUCGAUUCAUAACGUGGAAAGAUAACUGCAAGUUCUAACUGUCGCAAAGGACACAUACUGCCAUGAUGAGAAUAGAGUUUAAAGGGCCAUACCAAGUUUUUUUUCUUUUCUUUUCUUUUUUUUUUUUUGCAUGCUUUAGCUCUUUUACUACAAAUCCCACACCCUGUGCAUCAGAUUUCAGCCGAUCGUUUUCCAAAGUGUGAUGAUAGAAUUUGAAACGCUCUCCUAUUUUCCGGGCAGCCACUGGUUUCCAUUCUUUCCCCAAGACUCAAAUCACCCUUUGCGUUAGGGUAGCCAGUGAUGAUUAUUCUCAUCAUCGAUUCAUCUGUUGAGCAGAGUCAUUUUUGUUUGUAAAAUGUCGGAACAUGUUAAAAUAAUAAAAUUAUGCUCAGUUUAUUAUUAUUGCGAAGCUGUUUGCGAUAUUCGCUUCUAAAUGAAUCACCAGUAAUCAAUCAACAAUCAAUCAUCAGUAUAGCUGCACGUGAUUUUCUGUCAGUCAACAAACCGACACACUGACAAAUCAGUUCAGUUCUGUAAUUUUCCUUUUUUAACCAGUUCAUUUUCUGUAUAUGAGUCAUCAGCCUGAACAUACUCCUGACAACACACAAAAAGAAAAACAGGAUUAUAUAAACUUAGCUUCAAUAUAAGCUUGGUUUAUAUAAUAUUAUAACAGUUAAUACUUUUUAAGCCUCUGUCUGUUCAGUGAUUAUAUAUUACCUGGUAGUUGAGACCCCCAAAAAAUUCAUUUAAAAACCUAUAAGAAUGCAGUAUGCUAUGGAAAAUGUUCAGCAGCACGUAUGUAAAUAUGUGAUUUGUCAUAGCUAAACUAGGCUAAGCUUUAGCUGAGCUAAAACAAAUAAGAACACUAUAAACAGCUAAAAAUGGUUUGAUCGAAUGACUGUGAAGUGUUUAACUCUUUAAUGUACAAAUUUAAGAACACGCGGUGCUGAUAGUAGAACAGGACUAAUACCAAUGGACAGAUACUCACCCUUCUGCACCCUUCUCCUUUCAAAGCACAUUUAUGUACAUUACAUAACUGUGGACCAGGAUUUUCACUCUGUAGUAAAAUGAGUGGAAACCAGUGGCUUUCUGCUAAAAUACCCCCGAAACAGUUUGGAGCACUUUGGAAACUGGUCAUCGACAGGAACGUCAAAAAUGUCAUGACUUAGCUAAAACCAGCUUUAACGUCUUUAACCUGCAAUGUCACUGUAAUCCGAUCACUGCAGAGCUGAGAAACCUGUGCUCCCUGCUUGUAGUUCCAGCUGGAAAUGCCAUGACGUUGCACCCCCCCCCCCCCUCCCCCACCCCCAUCCAGCUGCACUUUGUGACAAUGAAGCGUCUCUGGAACGCAGCACACAGUCCGUUGGUGAGCUUUGAGUAGAUGGAGGCAGAGAGGCCAUAAGAUGCUGUGUCUGGCUGUGUAUUUUCCUUUUUGACAGAGUGGUGGAGUUAAUUGUACAUAACAUAGCACAUCACUUUGUUUUUAUUAUGUUUUAUUUAUUUGCUGAUCUUAAUUCCAAACUUGCCAAUACUCGACCACAGUCUGUACAGUAACAUUACAAUUACAAACCUUUAUGUGAGAAUUAGAAUGAAGUAGAUUAAAGACUGAACACCAACUAAGGUCUCACUUUUACAUUUGCAGACCAGUUUUAAAGUUAAUUCCAACAUAUUAGACAAGACUUAAGACAUUAUUACUAAACAGGCUUUCAGCACCAUCAGUAUAAUCUGUUAGACUUGAGUGAUCAGUAUUAGAGAACUCAGCCCUGGACCCUGUUCUUCAUAUGUGGCAAAUUUAAUGAAUUUGUUUUUAUUACUGCUGAUUAUUCACAAGCCUGGAUUUUUUUUUUUCAAGUUAUCCGUUAUUAGUUAUCUGACUUUGUUUUUAUAGCAACACGACAUUAACCACAAACCCACUAAAGUCCAGCUUACUCUCAGUUAGCUGGAUCAAAACCUCACAGGAUUAACCUUAAACAUGAAGUCAUUCUCAGAUACAGAUGACUCCUUUAUUUACAGACUCAGAAAUCCUGAUGUAUUUGUCAAAUAUGAAUAAUAUUUAUUAUUAAUUAUUGUCAUUUUAAUAACAAAAGAAUGAACUAACCCUAACAGUGGGUUUUAAACAGAGCUUCUCUUCAAGGGACAAUACUCUUAUUUCCCACAGUUAGUUUUUAAAAGUCAGUGUCAGUGUCGUAAUCACAGUUUAAUUCACAGCAACGUGUUAAUCACAGUAAACACAUGUAUAAAUGCUGACUGAAAAUACAAUAAAAUGAAAAAGAACUGCUUCAGAUUUGGUUUCCACUGUGAGCAAAAAAGGAUAAAUUCAGCUUAAAGUUUACAUCACAGAACGUAACAUUUAGACAGUAAAAUCUGUGAAUGAAUGGAGACACUUUAAUAUAAUCCCCGUUAGCUCUAUCGCUGCCCAGCCGAUUCUGUUUAUCAGCUUCUAUAAAAUUUGAGCCAGUCUUAAAAACAGCCAGUCAGUCAGGAAACUGAACUCAGUUCAUAAACUGGUCACGCUGUUAUUUAUUAGAGGCUCUAGCAGGUUGAGGUUUAAUUUCAUUUUUUAAGAUUUGGCUGAUAUUAGCUGAUAUAUUUGGAGUUUUUAUUCCAUUUUUUAAAUAUUGUUCAGUUUCUUUAAAACCUCUGAAGGAGGUGUGCUGGAGGAACUGAAUUAGCUAGAUAAGAAUUAACUAUGUUACUUAAUCAGGCUAACAUGACGUGUCUGGAUUAGUUAAACUACAUAUGAUGAAUGGGGAGUGUCGUUUGAUUAUUUCUAUAAUUGUCUGUUUUCUGUAACAACUGAUUAAGCUCACGCUGUUAUUUAAUUCUCUGGCAGCAUUAGAUUUGAUGAAAAACCUUUAAGCAUUAACAGAAUGAGUGAUGGUAUUUUUAACUUCUAAAUCCUCUGCUGGGUUUUAUUUGCCUGACUGGUUUUUCGAUAAAUCCACUGUGUUCACUGGGCAGUUCAGACACCUGUGCAUCAGAAGAAGGUUUUUAGAGCUGUGUCUUUGCAUAAGAAGUUAAAGGGUGAAGUGAGGAUGGUUAAUCUGUGGAAUAAGUUGAUUUCUGUUGAUGCACUCACUCACUUAACUCCUUGCACCCAUAGGUUCCCUUUAAAUUCAGCUGCAUGUCGGUAGUAAAACAUUAAAAAAAAAGAAAAAAACCUCUAUAAUUCGACUCUAUGAAGAUGCAGAGUUCUGCGAUCCAGGUCCAUUCUUGGAUCUGGAUCACAGCUAACAGGACCCAGGAGAAGUGAAAGAUGCAUGACUGCUGGCCCAGGCUUUGUACUCAAUGUCUCAGCUAUUACCAAAACUCACCUGAUACAGGUUCCAUCAUCAUCCUCCUCCUCCUCUGCUGUUUCAGACCAUUUUUAAUAUGUGACAGUUCUGUGGAUUCCACUCAUUCAGUUCAUCUAUGCCACUACUUUCUGUAUUAUCUACACUCGUAGACAUUGUUACAUAUGUACAUUGUUCUUGUACUGGUAAUGCACCGUUCUGUAUAUAUGAUUAAGCAUAAUGACAGCAGAUUUAAUGUGAAUUAAAGUUUUGAACUGUGA